GCUCUAUCCUCGUGUAGAAGGUUGUUAUCAGUUGGAGUACUUAGACUUGUGAUGUUUUAAACACGAUGUUUUUUAUUCAAAUAGUUUAGCUACCAAUUUAUCUGUAACUUAAGAAACGCGGCUUGCAUAGCCUGCGGUAUUUGUUCACCUGUAAAUGUAACAUAAUAUUAAUGAUUUGUUGAACCGACAUGUUUUGUGAACGAAACACUUGGAAUUGAAUAAUGGCAACCUUUGGUAAAUCGUCAGGUGACGUACGUGGGAAUAAAAUGCGAACGGAACGCACCACCAGCAAAGAACUAGAAUCGGGAAGUACGUCCGUAGAUGACGAAGAAGAACCUCCGCUAUCAGAACACGUUCCAAACAACAUAAAAGACAUCUUCAUUACCGACAACGAAGCAAAAGAAAGCUUAUUGAAAAUAUAUGGAAAAGUUAUACAGAUGAUUAAUGAACUUCCAAAAGAAUUGUCAACUUUGUUGUCAAGGCUAUACGGAGAUGUAUUAUCGAAGCUGAAAAUGAAUGCCACAUUAGUUUCAGAGAAAUGCAAACUUGUUGUUGCAGGCGAGUCAAACUCUGGAAUGAACAGUGUUAUAAACACAGUUCUGGGAUCCGAGACACUUCCUAAUCCACAUGUACUUUCGCCAGGAACUAUAUGUUGUGUGCAUACAGUACCCUCUGACGUUGAAGGAUAUUUCUUGAUUCAAAUGACCAAUGGAUCGAGCGAGAGGCAUUCUUAUCCUAAAGUGCCGGGCGCGUUUCAAAGUCUAUUGUCUGACAAAAUGAAAGGGAACAUAUCCCAGCGCAUUGAAACGUAUUGCCAUCUGCCAGUGUUUGGAAACACCGAUAGCGUUACAAUUGUAAGUCAUCCUGGAGGAGAUAACAUAUUGCCGAAAGAGUUCAUGGAAUCGGUUGAUGAUGCUUCUAUUCUCAUUUAUGUAGUAAACAGCGCAUGCACAGAUGGUAUUCAAGAAAAUAAGUUGAUGCAAAUGUGCAAACAGCUACAGUCAGACGCACGAGUAGGCAAUUUAAAUAGCUUUGAUCCAAAAUGCAUGAUGUUUGUAUGCAAUAAUUGGGAUAUUGUUGAGAAAAAAGAACGCUCCGAUCCGGGUGCAGAGAAUAGGAUAUGGAGAGAGAUUGUUACGAAGAUACAGAAAUAUUUCCCGGGAAUUUCUGAACAUGAUCAAAUUUACAAGUUGAGCACCACUGAGGCAAGCAGAAGCAGGCGUUCUGGAAAUGUCAUGAGCGAUCGUUUUAAGAAAGUUCAUGAAGGAUUCCGGAAUGUAAUUCUUGCAAGUCAGAAAGGGAAACUUCAGAAACAUUUCAGUUGGUUGGAAAGUCUGCUACAACACAUUCGAAAACAUGCUUUAGUAAGGCUACAGUUUGCCAACGAUACCAGUAAGUCGAACGACGAUGUGAAGCAAGCUUUUAAAAAGCUGCAGCGAUUCAUCGCGGAGUCAACAAAGAUGAAAGUGGAUCUUAAGCAGCGAGCACGAUCACGUUGUACGCAAAUGGUGGUGUUGCUAGAAACACACCUGAAGCAACCAAGUGUUCAUAGUGAUAUCAAGAGUCGAUUUUAUGCCAAAGAAGACAUGCCCCUUUCAGAUGAUAACAUCGACGAAAUCAGAGCCGAGGUGAAGAGGUUUAUCCAGGGGCUGAUAUUAGAAGAAAUACAGAAAUGGGAACAAGACUCUAAACACUACCAACGCACUGUAACAAUGAUAAACGAGGAAUUUGAAAAGAAAUUUCAGUCUCUGCGAGAAGAGUUUGAAGACGUUGAACGGCUUGUUCAUAUUGAGAACGAACCCGACAAUGAUUUCACAGGGACUGAUGAAACAACAGUUGAUAACUCUUUGACAGCUGGUGAAAAGGCAAUAAUGGCGGUAACAUCACCUAUAUGGAUUCCACUUGGCAUAGUCGCCGCCUUGGUUGCCAUCCCGGUUGUUAUCGGAUCAUUUGUAAAUGAUGAAAGGAAAUUGAAAGAUUUUCGGAAAGACAGAUCACCGUUUAUGAACAAGUGGUUAAAGGAUUCUUUGAAGGAAUUCUUGAAAAGGAAAUCGAUUGACAAAACUGUGCUUGCAAAUUACGUUUCCAUCUUAACGAAACGAAUAGAUCAAAUGAGUGCCCGUAUUGUUUCAGAAUCAGUGCAAGCAGACAUGGUGCAUUUGGAGUCCAUUUUGAAGGACACGCGUGAAUCAAGCGAGAUUGUUGAGGAUUUUACGGAUAUAAAGACCACCGUUCAAGAUCAUAUUGCGUCAUUGAGAUUGUUCGAGCUACAAUGUCUUGCCAGCGAUAAAGUAAACUGUGUUGACAUAACUCGUGUUAAAGAAAUCGGUACCGGACAUCUCUCAGAAGUUUAUGCAGCUAAAUAUUUGAAGGAGGACGUAGCACUAAAAGUUAUUAAAACAUCAUCCGCUUCGAUGUUUACACAUUUGGUCGAGUUAGAAAUAUUCAGGAGGUUACAUCACGAGCACAUUGUGAAAUUCAAGGGAGUAUGUUACACUGACAUGUUGCCAGCUGUGGUUGGAGGCGGAAAGCGGGAGAAGCUGAGCAACUUCCGGUUGAUGUUCCUGUUUGAACAAUGUGACACCAACUUGGAAGAUUAUGUAUUUAAUAAUCCUAAACUCCAGUGUGGAAAUAUACCACACAACUCCAGAGGUCAAGCAUCCCAGUUCUUUGGCCGAACAGGACAGGCUGUUUGCUCUGCGAUGUUGUUCAUUCAUGGGAGAGGCUAUGCGCAUAGGAAAAUGCACCUGAGAGGCGUUUUGUUACAAAACGGAACAGUGAAGCUUUGCGGACCAACUUGUAAGCCGGAUACGAACAUAAAUGAUGGAUCUAGAAUUUUGGCUCCGGAAGUUAUGGUACAAGGAAACAUUGGUAAACACACGGAUAUAUUCGAUUUAGGAAUACUGCUGUGGGAACUUUGGUAUGGAAGACGGGCCGCGAUAGAUUUGAAAAAGAUUCGAUCUAUAACCUGCAGACAGCAUCCUGAUUGCAAUGCCAAGCACGCAAUGCCGGAGGGUAUGGCACGUGUUGUAGAGAACUGUUGGGCGCUAAACCCAGAGGAUAGACCUGGUGCCGGUCUGCUGUUGCAAGAAAUGUAUUCGAUUAUGUAACAAUAGAUGCUUUAAAGCUGUUAUUGAUGGUUUAUGUUACGAGUUGAUGCGUUACAACAACAACGGAUACACAUGCAUAUAUUUUAGGUUUCUCGUUUGAAAUAACAUACCACAAUACUGGUCUCGGAUUGAUACUUCGACACUAAAUACCAAAACUACAUCUUUAGUUGGAAUGUGUUGAUGUUAUUAUUAAAAGCGGCUUAUGGGCACAUAUCAGACUGUGUGUUUUAUUAUGUGUUUAUGUUUGUUUUACGCGUAAAUGUACAUCGUUUGGAUAAGGCUACACUAGGGGUUUUGCUAUAUGAAGUUGAUAACAAUGCUUUACGUUUAAAGUAUAGACUGUAUAUACAUUAAAGGGGCCUUUUCACAGAUUUUGGCAUUUUUUAAACUUAUUCAUUAAAUGCUUUAUAUUGAUAAAUGUAAACAUUGGAUCGUAAAAGCUCCAGUAAAAAGUCAAGAAUAAAAUUAAACAAAGGAAAAGAACUUUGCCCGGAGCAGGUUUCGAACCAGUGACCCCUGGAGUCCUGCCAGAGUCCUGAAGUAAAAACGCUUUAGCCUACUGAGCUAUUCCGCCGAGUACACAUUCAUGACGUAUUUUAUACCUUAUAUAAACAAUCUUCGUAGUUUCACAAAAUUUAACGACAAAAACAGAACUCUCCAAAUUAUUCAAUCGUUUCGUGUUGCAACGCUUUAUAAUUUUUAGGUUUUAAAAUCGUCAAAAUAUGCAUAUAAUGGCUAUAUUAGACCAUGGUGAAUGUUUAGUAUUACUGUUUCCUCACAAAUAUCAUAACUAAAACGAAAAUUUGCGAAUCUGAAACAACUUUUUUCAAUUUUGUCAAUUUACCAAAGCGUGAAAAGAUCCCUUUAAUAUUUUUAUACUGAAGAGUAUAAGUUAAUUUAAGAUAACAUCAAUAAUGCAAAAGACCUACAAAACAAUACUACAUAUACAGUGUUUACAAAAAAGAUUCGUAUGAAUGUACAUUUUGUUGAACAUAUAAGAAUGAUAAUGCAGAAUUUUCAAUGUCGUGUUUCUGUGCAAGUGUACAUGACCAAUAACGACAAAAUACCAGCAUAGAAAUAAAAAAGAAACAAGUAA